AUGGCUUCUCUUCCCACCCAUCACCUCAAUGCCACUCCAACACCUUCUUCCUCUCAGACCAGCCAACUGUUGGUGGAUAGUAGUAAGGCUUCAACGUUUGGUGGUGGUGGAGUAACUGGACACACAAUGCCAGUCUCUGCUCGCGGUGUUUCUACCAGCAAUAGUAGUAAUAAUACACUCCUUGUAUCGAGUAGUGGCGAAUCACAACGAAAGCGAUCCAAUUCGUUAGCUCCUAAUACGAACAUGGAUCGAGCAUCAUCAAUGGCUUCCUUCAAUAGUACGAGUAAUAUUGUAAUUAAUACUGGAAUGUCCACUGAAGAAGAUGGAACAAGACAACAACAUUCAUCGGGUCCAUUAAGCGCAACCAUGUCUGGGGUACGUUCAGAGACUGGUACUUCAAGAUCCUAUUCUUCAACACGGUCAUCCAUCCUGUCUUCGGAGGCGUUGAGAUCAUUCGAAGAAAACCUCAUUACGUUUGUGGUAAACUUGCAACAAAACACCUUUUUUAAGGCUUCUUCUAUGUAUAACCAAAAAACAACAUGGAGUACAAAAAAGAAACUCUCUAGCGUAUUUUCAAGAUUCCUCACCUGGAACAAUGUAGGCUAUGCUUUGUUUUACUUGUAUCUCAUGAUAUCCACGUUGAGUCUAGCAGUGCCUUAUGAAGAUCAUCGUAGCUAUCACUGGGGAGAUUGGGGAGUUUAUAUCAUGAUGGUAUUUGGAUUCUGUCGAUCAUGGCUCAUGGAAAUGGUUCCAUAUGUGGGCAUUAUUGUCAUCAGUGGAGCUCUGUUGCUUCUUAUUGCUACUGGAUCAAUUAUGUUUUAUGUUCUCUAUAGAUUCUCCAAAAACGGCUCUCGGUAUACCAAAACACUACAAGCAAUCAUAAGUGUUCUAUUUGUCUUUUUCAUGGUCAUUCAUAUUCCCUCAACCCACAUUCUUACCUCAUUUAUUAAUUGUGAUUUUAAUACCAUGACUUUGAUACGAUUUAAGAAUGAGAGUUGCCAAAGUAUCACUAAUUAUGUGCUCAUCGUUCUGUCUUCUCUAACUCUCAUACUCCAAUUAAUAAUAACUCAAUUUGGGGUAUUAUUUUUUGUUGAUUUGAGCCCUUUGUCAGAUACAUUUUCUAACAUUUCCAAUCCAAUACUCAUCAUGUAUCUAGUAUUUACAAACCAAAUUUAUUGGAUUGCUGUGCAAUUAAUUCCCUAUCAGUACAGCUAUGUAUUACCAUGCUUAUCCAUACUCAUUUCAAUUAUAUUUAUCGUCUACUUGUUUUAUAGUGUUCCUUGCUUUACGAGGUGGGAAAAUUCAAUUUGGGCAGGUUUUGGAUUUGCACGGAUUGCAUUUUCUAUUGCUACUCUACUAUUGACUACGAUUGGAAUUGAAAUGACGCCAGAGAAUGCAAAUGUUCUCGGAGUUUCUAUUGCAAGUGCAUCCUUUAUUUUUGCGCUGGUGUUAUUUUGUUUGGGUUUUUUAAUUAUGGAAGUCUAUACAAGACGUGUCUACAAUUCGGUUCGAGAUUUAAUUACUCUCUAUCUAGUAACAGAUGACAACACGAAUGGAUGGAAACAAGCACCAGAAACAAUCUUGAUUUCUUCUCUUUGCCAAUUAAUUGAUGAAGAGAGCAAAUACAGAAAUGUCAAUCUAUUUUUGAGAUUUGUAGCUCCUCUUGGAAAAUUGAUUUACAAGCAUCCAGAUUUCAAUUUGGCUUUAUCUUUUGUGAAAGGGGCAAUUUCUCAAAAAUCUUUUCACGACAUUGAUUUGUUUGUAUCUGCAGCAACUUUAAUAUCAAACUUUGUUCAAGAUGAUGCAAAUGCUUCAAUAUUUGCUUCAACUUUAUUGAAUAGAGCAUUGAAAUUGCACCCAACAUUUAUGAAGAGAUAUUUUAUUCAUUUGAGAAUUAAGGAGAUGGAGAUUCGAUCCACACAAGGAAGUAAAAAGAAGGGAACUUUAGAAAUGAAAACAAUUCUUCAAAAGUUGGAAAAUAAGCAACAAAAAUUGAAACAUUUACACAAACUCUUUUGGAAAGAAUUGAUGAAUGAAAUAGUUUCAGAAUCCAAACUAAUCUCCAUUAAUCAGCAAAUAGAAUUAAUAACAGUUGAAUGUGAAGUGUUGUUUAGUACUCUCAUGAUAAAUUUUGGAAGUGAUAAAUCUGCAAUUAGAGCCUAUGCUCAAUUUUUGGAAAAUUUUCUCUUUCAAAAGGAAAGUGCUGCAGAGUUGUUCAAUGAAGCCUGUUUGAUCGAGGAAGAGGAAUCUAAAAAGUGGCCGUACAAGCUUGAUGCAGAUAGUUUUGGAGGGUCCUCUGAUGUGAUCCCAUCAUCCCAAAAGAAGGAAAUACUUUUCAGAAGUGCCUUGUUAUCAAGAGAAGAUCACAAACCAGUAUACGUAUCCUUUUUACUAUUCGUUGCUCUAUGCAUUAGUAUGCUCAUUGUUGGGCUAGUGAUUAAUAUUACAUUCUCGAACGAGAUUUCCUCCAAAGUGUUUCUUGUGAACCAAGCCCACAAGGACAGGUUAAUUGUUUUGCAAGACAAGGCUAAGACAGUUCAACAGUUAUCCAAAUCCGUUGGAAUAUUUACGACCGAGAUGAAACAUGAUUUUACAACGGAUUCUGUCUCUUUGAGAAUGCCUAUCAUCUCCAAAAAUCCAACACUCGAAUAUGAGCUCCAAAACACUUCUUUGUCUGAGACAACCAAGCUAUUAAUCACAAAUAUUGACACAUUACUCGGAUCAACUAUUCAACAGUAUAAUAUGACACGUGAUUCCUAUGUAUUCCUCUUUUUCUGGUUGAAUCGAGAGCCCUUAAAGGACGCCUAUGAAAAAUUUUGUAUUAAUUUUAUUGAUAGAAAUCAAAUUGUGGCAAUGGAAAGACGAAUGAUUUACAUUAUACUAGCUGUGUGUAUUAAUGCAAUAAUGCUUCUGACAAGCGCUAUAUUUUUGGUGGCAAUCAAUAUUCAUCUUCGCAACAUUUUUAAGGUUGUAAGAUUAUUUAAACAUAUUGAUAAGGAUCAAGUGGGUGCCAUAUUUCAUCAUCUCGAUACAAGCACCAAAGACAACAUUCAAAAGAUUGACAGUACAAAUUUUACACCUAUGAGAAUGAUAUUACUCUCGAUAUUAGCAUUAAUGUUGUGCUACUUCUUAUCAUCCUCCUUGAUUAUGACUGAAUUCUUUUUGAACUUAGAUGAUUCCUAUAUCUCCAUGUUGAAUGUGGCUGAAGCCACACGGGUGUUAAUGCAUAGCCAGGUCGUUAACUUUGGUUUGGAUGAGCUUGUUUUUGAUCAAAAUAUGACACCAGGAGAAAAUGAACUGUAUUUCUUGAGCAAUAAGGUCUAUUUAGCACACUCUAUUGAUUCGUGGAAUAAUUUGAUUUAUGGAGCCAACUUUAAUAAUUAUCGUUCCAUUCUUUCUGAAGGCAUGGAUUCUGUGAUACCCAAAAAGAAUUGUUCUGCGACCGAUUAUUCCUGCUUAGGGCUCGAUCAGCUGCUAGACCUAUUAUCUUCACAAGCUGACCAAAUGAACAAUCAGGCCUAUCAUCGAUUGUAUGACCCCCUUACACUCUUUGAAAGAUUCAUGCAGUUUUAUAACGCAAGCAAAAUUAUGGCCUACAAACUCUAUGCCUUUAUUGAUGCAUAUGUUGCUUUGCAUCAAACACCAUCACGAACGCUAACAGGCAUAUUUGCAUCCUUUGGAUUCAUUACAUUGCUGGUCCUCACCUAUUUCACUAACAACCAAUUUCAAAAGUAUUGGAGUCAGAUUCAACAAUUGAGAACGUUGAUGUGUUAUGUGAGCUGGGAAACAUUGGACAACUCUGAUCAGCUCAGAGAAUAUGCUCUUCACUUCCAAUUUGUGUCUAAAAAGACAUCUUCUAAGAAAGGUAGAUUUGGUAGACUAUUAUCUUUAAUUUCCCCUGUUUCUGAUAAUGAUGAUGAGCAAGCGUUCGCACAAGUUAAAGCUGUCCUGGAUAGUACUGUGGAGGGAUCAAUUAUUUGCAAUAUCGAUGGAUCUAUUAAGUUUUUCUCGAAAGCAGCUCAAGAAAUGUUCGGUUACAGGCCAUCCGAGGUAUGUCAGUAA